AUAGUAGCGCGAAGUUCGUUUGAGCUUCCGUCCAUUAUGAACAGCCCGGUUCGCCUCUUCGCCACUUUACCGGCGGCAGAAACCAGGAGUAAAGACAAACAGCAGAGCCUGGAGGCGGCAGUAGUUCGGAGGGAGGGUGUCGGUAAGCCGGUGAGGGAGGUUCAGGUCAGCGGGGUGGCGGAGGUUUCCUGCCCGGCCGACAGAGCAACAGUGCGGGUCAGUGUGAGCAGCAGUAAGGAGUCAGUGAACGAGGUGACCAACAGCAUUUCACGAAGACUGGAGUACAUUUUACAAACAAUCAGGCAGCAUGGAGUCAGAGACGAAGAUAUUUCAGUGAGACGCUAUCUUCACCGAGAUGCCGACACCUUUAGCAUGGAUGCAGAGAUCAUAGUGACUUUCUCAGAAUUCGAGAAGAUGGAGCAGAUGUGCAGCAUCCUGCUGGACAAGCUGGGUAAGAGCGUCCAUGUUGGGGCCCCCCACUUCUUCCACAGUGCUGCAUGUCUGAGUCAGCUGAGGUUGCGUGCGUGUGUAUCAGCAGUGGAAAAUGCUAAACAGAAAGCCAGCAGGAUCAGUCAACUGAUGGGGGAAAGCCUGGGAUCUCCCCUCCUGGUCAGAGAGGAGGAGACCAAGGAGUGGAGGAGCGAGGAGGAGGAGGCUGCAGGCGGAGAGCACGACCCAACGCCCCCUCUUCCUCACAUACCUACAGCCACUGCUUCCUCACACGUCUCCCUUUCCUUCAGCUUCAGAGACAAAAGCAAGAAGAAACUCUAAACAUACCAUGAAC